GAAGUAGAAACAUGUUACUUUUGCCAUUUAUGAGCCGAACUAGUUAGAACCAUUUAUUUCGUCGUUACUACUAAAACUAAGUAACUAUUAUAAAAUUGGGGAAUUUUGUUGAGGAUUAAGUAACCACACUUGCCAUUUGGCACUUGCACGACGCUAAGUCUUUUGCGCGUAAACAAAAACAAUCACAUUGCGCAACCGAGUCAUCGUGCAGUCAAGUUCUCCGAUCACACCCACGGUGACUUUAUCAGAUCGCGGUUGGAGACAAUUGAAUUUGUUACAAAGUAGAGUUUCUUUGUUUGGAUUUUAGGCAGAUUGUUUUGUGAGGAGAUUCUUGAGAGGAGGAGGGUUUGUGAUUUAGUAGCAAAAUGGGGGUUAUGUCAAGGCGGGUUGUGCCCGUCUGUGGCAACUUAUGCUGUUAUGUUUGUCCUGCUCUGCGUGCUAGCUCGAGACAACCUGUGAAGCGUUAUAAGAAGUUGUUGGCUGAUAUUUUUCCUCGCAAUCAGGAGGCUGAACCUAAUGAUAGAAAAAUUGGAAAACUAUGUGACUAUGCCUCUAAGAAUCCGUUGAGAAUUCCUAAGAUUACUAAUAACUUGGAGCAAAUAUGUUACAAGGAUUUGCGUAAUGAAGUCUUUGGUUCAGUGAAAGUUGUCUUGUGCAUAUACAGGAAAUUCUUAUCGUCAUGUAAGGAGCAGAUGCCACUUUUUGCGGGUAGCUUGUUAGAGAUUAUUCGAACUCUUCUAGAACAAACUCGAACAGAUGAAAUCAGGAUCUUAGGCUGCAACAUUCUUUUUGAUUUUAUAGAUUGUCAGACAGAUGGUACAUACAUGUUCAAUUUAGAGGGUUUUAUUCCUAAGCUAUGUCAAUUGGCUCAAGAAAUGGGGGAAGAUGAACGUGCUCUACGUCUUCGUUCAGCUGGACUACAAGCUCUAUCCUAUAUGGUGCGUUUCAUGGGAGAACAAUCACAUCUUUCUAUGGAUUUGGAUGAAAUCAUGUCAGUGACUUUGGAGAAUUACAUGGGUCUCCAGUCUAACUCUAAUCCCCCCAAGGAACAUAAACUAAAUUCAGUGCCUCUGGACCAGUUAGGACUUGAAUUUCCCAAAGAUGACUGCUCUUUAAACGAUAUCUCCAAGAAGGAUAAUUUGUGGCUGAAACUUGUGGCAGGGACUGAGAUAGAUUCUAUGUUGGAUACUGCUAAAGAUCCUACAUAUUGGUCAAAAGUUUGCUUGUAUAAUAUGGUCAAACCGGCAAGGGAAGCUACAACUCUGCGGCGUGUCCUUGAACCUCUUUUUCAUUAUUUUGACACUCAAAAUCAAUGGUCUUCUGAAAAAGGAGCGGCUAUCCAUGUUUUGAUGUAUUUACAAUCUCUUUUAGCAGAUUCAGAAGAUAACUCCUAUGUUCUGUUGUCCAUUUUGGUCAAGCACUUGGAUCAUAAGAAUGUAUUCAAGCAGCCUAUCCUUCAGAUUGAUAUUACUAACAUCACAACACAACUUGCAAAGAAUGUGAAGCAACAGGCUCCAGUUGCUAUAAUUGGUGCAAUAUCUGACCUCAUUAAACACUUAAGGAAGUGCCUGCAAAAUUCAGCUGCAGCUUCUAGUAUUGGAAAUGAUGGGUAUAAGUUGAACACUCAACUUCAAUCUGCCUUAGAAAUGUGUAUAUUACAACUUUCAAACAAGGUUGGGGAUGUAGGACCCAUACUUGAUUUGAUGGCUGUGGUGUUAGAGAAUAUCUCAACUACAACCAUUGUAGCAAGAACAACAAUCUCUGCUGUUUAUCAAACUGCAAAGUUAGUUACAUCCAUCCCUAAUGUGUCAUAUCACAAGAAGGCUUUCCCUGAUGCAUUGUUUCAUCAAUUGCUCCUGGUGAUGGCUCAUCCUGACCAAGAAACACGAAUCGGAGCGCACAGUGUCUUUUCUACAGUGCUUAUGCCAUCUCUGUAUUCACCUCAGUUCAACCAUAAAACAAUGAUGGCUCAGAAGGUACCAAGUGAGAGCUCCUCCAUUCAGCAUGAAAGAUUUUUAGGAGCAGAACACAUCAAUAGGAAACCUGUGGAAGGAGGGGAAGUAGUUGGCGUCAGUAGGAAAUAUACAGUCCUUCCAUAUCGUGGUUACAGCUUUUCUGGUGCUCUAAAUGAUGGGAAAGAUGAGCUAAGUUCCUUUCGGUUAAGCAGCCACCAAGUGAGUCUCUUGCUUUCUUCAAUCUGGGUUCAGGCAACAUCUAUGGACAAUGGCCCGGAAAAUUUUGAGGCUAUGGCUCAUACUUUUAGCAUUGCUUUAUUGUUCACUCGUUCAAAGACAUCCAGUUACAUGGCUCUAGUAAGAUGUUUCCAACUGGCAUUCUCCCUCAUGAGCAUUUCACUGGACCAAGAAGGAGGUUUGCAACCAUCUCGUAGGAGGUCUCUUUUUACCUUGGCGUCGUACAUGUUUAUAUUCUCUGCCAGGGCAGGCAAUUUCCCCGAGCUACUUCGUAUAAUUAAAGCAUCCUUGAUGGAUUCAACUGUAGAUCCUUUUCUUGAGUUGGUUGAUGAUGUCAGGCUGCAGGCUGUUAAUAUAAAAUCAGAGAAGAUAAUCUAUGGAUCUCAAGAAGAUGAUGUUGCUGCUAUGACGUCACUUUCAGCAGUAGAAUUGGAUGACAAGCAUUUGAAAGAAACUGUAAUCUCGCACUUCCUGACUAAAUUUUCAAAAUUACCGGAGGAUGAGUUGUCAAGCAUAAAGAAACAACUUGCACAGGGGUUUUCUCCUGAUGAUGCAUAUCCACUGGGACCUCCAUUGUUUAUGGAGACACCAAGACCAUGUUCUCCACUUGCUCAGAUUGAGUUUCCAGAUUUUGAUGAGAUUGAGGCUCCGGUAGCUUUGAUGGAUGAAGAGAUUGGACCUGAACCAAGCGGUAUUCAGUUAGACUGCAAAUCAUCACCAUCUUUCAAUAACCUGACCAUUUUAAGUGUUAAUCAACUCUUAGAAUCGGUUUUGGAAACCGCACGGCAAGUGGCUAGUUUCCCCAUUUCUGCAACUGCUGUACCUUAUGACCAAAUGAAGAACCAGUGUGAGGCCCUAGUAUCAGGGAAACAACAGAAGAUGUCAGUUCUUCACAGUUUUAAGCACCAGCAGGAGACUAGAGCAUUAGUUCUUUUCAGUGCAAAUGAAACAAAAGUUUCCCCUCCACCAAUUAAGACACUAGAGUAUGCAGAAAGUGAUCUGAAGUUAGUGAGUCAGGAACAAAUACCGGCUCUGUAUCAAGUACGCCCAUGCUCGUAUGAAUAUAGACAGCAACAUUCUUUGAGACUACCACCUGCGAGCCCCUAUGAUAAAUUCUUGAAAGCUGCUGGAUGCUAAUGAGCUAAAAAGACCUAAAAAAACUACAAGAGAAACUAUUAGGAAAGACCUAGAGAUUAAUGAGCUGGAAAGAGAUAUGCUAUAUAAUACAAAGUUUUAGCAUCGUUUGAUCUACGUAGCCAACCCUAUUUAAUGGAAAAAGGCUUGGUUGUUGUUGGAUGCUAAUGGUACUAAGAUUGCCUCCCAUAAUUGAUAUAUAUGCAACUAUUUUGUAGACAUGAAUCUCCACCUCCCUUCUAUUUUUCUUCUUUUUAUUGUAUUGUUUUGUUUGGUUGUAUCAUUCCCACUCAGUUGUUAUUCAAUAAAUGUUUAUUACAUAAGCGGUAUGUACAGAUUAUGAAAGUAAACUCUACACAAACUAAUCUUAUGCAAAAGGCUAAUACAUGUGUUUUUAAUUUAAGGUAAUUGGUCAA